AUGUUAGCACUCAUUAUUAUCAUGGCUGCCCCAGACCCUGCCCUGGGGUCCCUCUCAUACAGAGAACAUAGAACUUCUUUCCCUCAUAUCAUACAUUUGAUAUUCACUAUAGGACAAGGCAGUACUUUCUCCAUCAAUUGCUCAGGGUUUGGCCAGCAUAGAAUGGAUUCAACUGAUCUGGAUUCAGUGUUAGACAGAAAAACCUACUGUACAGUCAUCAACUUCACUGUCCCCAUCCAAAUCAACAUCUCCUUCACCAUCUCUGCCAUCCUAGAUGUGGUCUGGGAUAAUCCACUGAUGAGCUGGAACCCAGAGGAGCGCGAGGGCAUCACAAAGAUCAGUAUGGCAGCCAGGAACCUAAGGCUCCCAGACAUUUUCAUUGUUAAGCUCAUGGAUGUGGAUAAGAUCCCAGCAUUUGUAAGUAACAAAGGUCGCAUCAGGGAUAAGAAACCCAUGAAGGUGGCCAGUAUCUGUAACCUAAACCUCUUCUACUUCCCCUUUGACCAGCAAAACUGCACACUUACCUUCAGCUCAUUUCUCUACCCAGAUAACAUGUUGCUGGGCAUGGAGAAGGAGGUGUGGGAAAUAGCAGGUGCAUCCCAGGACAUCAUUCAGGCCAAUGGAGAAUGGGAACUCCUGAGCAUCAACAAGGCCACCCCAAAGACAUCCAUGGGUGCCAACCAGUAUGAUCAGAUCAUGUUCUAUGUGGCCAUCAGACACAGACCCAGGUGCUAUGUGGUGCAUGUCCUGGUGCCCAGUGGUUUUCUGGUGGCCAUUGAUGCCCUCAGCUUCUACCUGCCACCAGAAAACAAGAAUCGUGCCCCAUUCAAGAUGACCCUCCUGCUGGGCAUGGUGAAUGACUUGCUCCCAGUCAGUGGCAGCCCACUCAUCAGUGUCUACUUUGCCCUGUAUCUGUCCCUGAUGGUGGCCAGCCUGCUGGAAACCAUCUUCAUCACCUACCUGCUGUCCCCACCCAUGCCUCGGGGACUCCACAUCCUGCUGCUGCACUGCACCAGUUCAAGGAAAUGCUGCCUCCCUGCACCCUGCAGGAAUCAGGACCCAGGGUGCACCCCCACCCACCUGCCUGAUCUGAAGGAGCCAGUAGAUUUGGUGGAGAAGGUGCCAGACCCCAGAAAGGCAGAGCUUGAUGGGUGUCCCGAAUCAGCAAGGGCCUGGCAGGAACUCGAGGCCCAGGAACAGCACUUGGUGGAGCUGUGGGUACAGUUCAGCUGCCUGGUGGACACCCUGCUCUUCCACCUCUACCUCCUCUUCAUGACUUCCUUCAUCAUCACCAUCAUUGUCCUCUGGAACACCUAG